GAAUCAAAGAUGUUCCAACUUGGGAGCCUUGUUGUUUUGUGUGGCCUGAUCAUUGGGACCUCAGGAUCACUUUCUGAUAUCUUUCAAAACUCAGAGCUGGGUCCGGAGUCAGUUUGGUCAGAAAUCAAUUACAGAAUUAGACACACGUUGGAGACAUUGGAUCUUGACAUGUUAGCUGACGAUUUAUCUAAGAGGGGAAUCGAGUUGAAAAUGGAUGAUCUCAGAAUUCUGGACCUGAAGUAUGAAGUGUCUCCCAAUGGUGAUGAAGUUACCCUGAAGAUGCCCAUGGCUUUUAAUGCAUCUCUGUCUCUGCCUGCCCGUGAUUUAACUACUAACAUCUCUAUUUCUAUGGAGGCAAUAACUUCCUUUGCUAUUGAAAAAGAUCCCGAGACUGGCCGUCGUGUCCUGCACAUGCAGCGAUGCUCACUUAAUACAGACAAUACCUCCAUUAGCUUGUUGAACAGAAAAAGUAACUUUGUCAACUUUGUUCUGGACUCUGCAUUGUACCUCGUGAAAAGGGCCCUGACAUUUCCCGUGAGACGCCAAUUGUGUCCAGUGCUCGAACUAAUCAUCAGCAACUCCUUUCUUCCUGACCAACUCUUCAAAAUGCAGGCUGGAAUCUCCACCUGAAGAGGAAUGAACAAAGGAAGGUACCAUGUCGCCCCGAUAGGUUGCUGCACAGUGGCUCCAUCUCAUUCCUUGUAGCAUCUCCCUGUAGGAUUCUUCUACCAUCCCUACCAUGAAGAGACCACAUCAGACUCCCUUCUUCUCUCAGUGGUCUCCAUACUUGUCACUAUUACCCCAGCAAUAAAAUCCUAACUGC